AUGUUAUUCUCCACACUUAUUACUUCUUUUAUGGCGGUCCUCGCAGUAGCAAGCCCCUUGAGACCCCGCUCUGUAAAUGAUGUUGCUGUCGAUGAAGAAUCACCUACUCCUCUAAUUGAAUGGGCAAACACAAAAAGAAUCGCAAGGACCACUGCCGACGAAGAAGAAGCUUCACCUGCCCCUCUAAUUGAAUGGGCAGAUACAAAGAAGAGCGCAAGAACUGUCUCCAACGAGGAAGAAAUAGCACCUACGCCCCUCAUUGAAUAG